AUGGACACCCUCACAGAGAGCAUCAGGAAAGAGGCUCCUUGGUACAUAAUGUUUGCUGACGAUGUGGUGCUUUGCUGCGAGGAGAAUAUCGAGCUAGAGGAGGACCUGGAGAGGUGGCGCGAUAGACUGGAGAAGAGAGGAAUGAAGGUAUCAAGAGCGAAGACGGAGUACAUGUGCUUGAACGGGGUGUCCAAAAGGAAGUAUAUGGAUGCAAGACCAAUAACUGCCAGAAUACAAUCGGAUGGUGGAGUAGAAGCAGAGAUCAGCAGAAGGAUCCAAUCAGGAUGGAACAACUGGAAGAAGAUGGCCGGAGUGAUGUGUGACAAGAGGGUCCCAGCCAGAGUUAAGGGAAAGAUCCACCGGACCGUGAUCCAGUCGGCAAUGCUUUACGGGCUGGAGACGGUACCCCAAACGAAGGCGACAAGGAGACUGGAGGUGGCUGAGAUGAAAAUGUGCAGAUGGGCAUAUGGCUUGACCAUGGGAGACAGGAUGAGAAAUGACGAGGAAGGCUUUCGUAUCUGA